CUUUUCUUCAUCCAGUCACGUAUCGGUCGAUUCUACCAGAAUGUCUGUCGAAUCACCUCCAAGGUUCAUUUACAAAAUUGUCCCAUCGCCGCCUGGUGACCCUUUUCCUAAGGAACACCCCUUAUCUGAACUUGACCAGAAUGAUGGCUUUGUUCAUCUGAGCACGUCCACUCAAGUACCCAAGACCGCAGACUUGUUCUUUAGUAGAUCAUCCUUACUUUGGGUCAUCAAACUUGAAUUCAAGCAGUUUGCUGAUUCCAUCAGAUGGGAGGGCGGUUUCCCCCAUCUGUAUGGUAAUUUCGGGGCUGAAAAUGUCGACUCAACUGUAAAAUUUGUUCGUGAAGAGAGUCAAACAUGGGGUGAAGUGAUGGCAAAAUCAGAAUGGCUGGAUUGAAUCUGUUCUUUUAUUUUGUGAGGAGUGGGCUUCUAGG